GAAUCCCGCUGCUUCCACGAGCGGUGCAACGCCUGGUGGCCCUGGCAUGCCUCCUGGAGGUCCACAAGACUGGAAGACCAAGAUUUCCAUGGAGGAUCGUCGUCGCCUCAUCCAGAAAAUUGUGGGCGUGCUGCGGGAAUGCGUGACAGAGGGCUCGAACACGGACGAUGCCAGCCAAGCGCGCCUCACCUCGCUGGCUGCGCGAUUCGAGGACAACGUAUACCGGUCCGCCAAGACGAACGAGGAGUACUUCCACCAGAUCGCCAACAAGAUGUACAACCUCAAACGCAAGAAGGCCGUGCCCGGCGGCGACCUCGCCAAGGCGGGCGCCAGCGCCGCUGCACCGCCGCCGCAAGGCGUGCCCAUCGGUCGGCCCACUGCACCCAACCAGCAGCCGGGGGCGAUCGGGGGCCAGGCUGGAGCGGGACACAUGCGACCCGCCGGCCCGUCGAUGGGCAUGCCUGGCGUCCAGCCGGGCGCUGGGCCUGGCGGCGGCAUGGCCAACCCGCAUGGCGCCAUGGCCGCGGGACCCGUCGGAGUGCCGGGCAACGCUGGCGUGCCAGCCAAGCCGCCGGGGAUGCAGGCUGGUGCGGGGGCGCCCAUGGGCAUGAAGCCCGCCGGCGGAGUGGUCAACCAGGCGCAUCGCCCCGCUCACAUGAUACAGCAGCAGCAGCAACAAAUGCAGCAGCAGCAGCAACACCUUCAACAGCAGCAGCAACAACAGCAACAGAUGCAACAGCAGCAGCAGCACCUGCAGCAGCAGAUGCAGCAGCAGCAGAUCCAGCAACAACGGCAGGAACUACAGCAGCAACAACUGCAGCAGCAGCAACAAAUGCAGCAAAUUCAACAGCAGCAGCAACAGCAGCAGCAACUCCAACAGCAGCAACUCCAACAGCAGCAGCAGCAGCAGCACCAACAACAAUUGCAGCAGCAGCAGCACCACAGCAGCAGCAAAAGCAGCAGCACCUCCAGCAGCAGCAGCUUCAAGACAAGAGCGAACUGGAGAGGGCCUACUGGGACAAGGUCAAGCUCAUGCAGAACUACAUCCGGCCCAUGUCCACCAUGCUCCGACAGAUCGAGCGACUGCUGGAGAACUACGCCGGCGACAAGGCCAAGCAGGAAAAUCUGAAGGCCAUCAACAAGAAGAUGGUGUGCAUCUACAAGCUGCUCCACCAGCAGACGUCGCAGCCGCCCAACCUGCAGCAGUCCCUCGAAGUCCUCGACGCCGCCGAGCGCCAGAUCAAGCACUGGCUCCAGCAGCUCCAGAUCAAGGACGCCAAGCCCGCACAGCCACAGCAGCCACAGCAGCCGCCGCAGCCGCAACAGAAUGCCGUGGCACAGCCCCAGCAGCCGGGCGCGUCAUGGAACCCGCAGCAGGCCGCCUGGCAGCAGCAGCAGCAACAGCAGCAAAUGCACCCCGGCCAGACCCAAUCGCCGCCCGCCAUGCACCCACAAGUCGCGGCCGGGUUCGCCCUCGGACCGGGCGGACCUGGGCAGGCCAAGCCGCUGUCGCCAGCGGUGCGCACGACGCCCAGCCCGCCGUCCAUCACCACCCCGCCCGCCGGUGUUGCCAAGCAACCGUUGCCCCACGCCACCGCCGAGUCCUCGGCCGCGCCGUCCGCUGCAGCCCCGCUCCCACCGAUGGCCAAGCCGCAGAAGAGCACCUUCCAGCGCUUCGUGGAGACGGUGAAGGCCAUGGACUCGGCUUCGCCGCAGGUGCUCCAGCAGGCGGCCCACGCCUUCUCCACCUCCCUCGAGCACGUCACGCGCGGCUCCUGCCCCGCCUCGCUCUUUGAGGCCAACCUGCCCGACGUCGCGGAGGACGCCGCCAGCGGCCCCUUUUGGUUCCUGGAGGACGGCGAUGCAAAGCUGCAACGCGCCGCCAAGCGAAGAAGGGUGCAGGGAGGCGGCUCGGAGAAGAGCGAAUUCCCUGUUCUGCUCACUUCCCACGAGUGA